AUGUGUUUUGGAAGGUGUGCUAGAUGUAUUGGUUAUAAGUUGCUCAUCCUUGCCUUGCUCAGCAUCGUGGCCAACAUUUUACUUUAUUUUCCGAAUGGUGAAACAAGAUUUGCUUCAGAGCAUCAUCUCGGCAAAUAUGUGGAGUGCCUUCAUGGCAUUCUAGGUGGAGGCCUUUUGGUACUCAUUCCAGCUGCAGUGUUCAUUGGGCUUCACAAUGAUGACUGCUGUGGGUGCUUUGGCCAUGAGGACUGUGGGAAAAGCUGUGCGAUGCUGUCCUCGGUUCUGGCAGCCUUUGUUGGGAUCCUUGGCUCUGGAUACUGUAUAAUCAUUUCAGCAUUGGGCUUGUCUCACGGACCAUACUGUUUUACUCACCUAGAAAGAAACUGGAUCUAUCCUUUCACUGAAUCCUCUGGAGGGUACUUGUUUGAGUAUAACAAGUGGUCUCAAUGUCAAGAACCUCAAAACAUCGUGCAGUGGAACACCACCCUCUUUUCCAUCCUCCUUGUCUUGGGAGGAAUAGAGUUCAUUCUGUGCUUCAUACAGAUAAUCAAUGGCAUUCUUGGAGGACUAUGUGGGUUGUGCUGCAGUCAUGAGGAGACAUACGCCUGCUAGAAACCUGACAACGCAUUGACGUCGGUACACGUGUAUGGUGUAUUGAGUAUUCUGUGUUUGGUUUGUUGGGUUUUUUUUCAAUGUUCCACGCAUACUAAAAAGGCACAUUGUUGUCAAACUGUGCUGUUAUCAAUUUAACUGACUUGGGGCCAGCCUUUGUUGUUGGAGUCAUAUGCAGGUUUUUGACUAACCUGCCUGAUCUAAAGGCAAAAUGUAUCCUGAAUUUCUUUGGUUUGAUUCAUCUUAGAACGGGCAACUGCCUGAACACUUCACUAAAGAUAAUUUUUUUUUCUUUCUAUUGACACAACAGCUCUGUACUUCAUGCUGCUUUCCCUGUAAAGUUGCACUUUCAUUCUGAUGUUGGAAUGAACACAAAUCCAA